CCGAGUUCUAAGGUACGGCGCCAAAAUCUGCCCCCUCGCCUAAGACCGACGAUUGAUGAAAGAGACGAACAGUUCUUGCAGCUAAACCUCCAUGGGAGAAUCGUGAAAGAUAAUCUGACAGGUUGCUUAGGCUCGGAUAUCGAUCUUUCAAGAUAAUGUAAUGGCAUUUCCAAUGAGGUUGUUAUCCACUUAUCCAAGAACCAGUAAGCUUCAAUCUCCAAAAUAUGCAAAAACAAGAGUUUCGGUUCCCUGCCUCGCAGCAUGCUUUUACAACACUUAUGUGCUCCAUGGUCAACUUCACCAUCAGUCUUUUUCCUUCUAUGUGACCAAACCUUCAGUGAUAAAGAACUUCAAGAAGAUGGCCUUAUCCAUUAGGAGCAGUGUGGAAGAGAGUCCAUUUGAUCCUCCUUCAAAUAGCUCGAAUGGCAGAACAAGACUGACACGGAUUAUUUCAGCUAUUCAAACCAAGUUGAAUGCGAGAAUUAACGAGUUAAGGAAAAAUCUUCCAUUGAAGAUACUCUUCUUCUUGGUUGGGUUUUACAGUGCAACUGCAUUUGCAACUGUUAUUGGUCAAACAGUUCUGAGUACACAGGAUGGAACCUCCAAUUCUUGGAUCUGAAGCCUUGGGACAAACAUGGUUGCUGUUUGAAGGAUUUCCUAAGAGUUGAUUUCCAUCGUCUAACCAAUUAGCUCAACCUUCUAGACGAACAUGGUUGGUGUUUGAAGACUUUCCUAAGAACUGUGAGUAACUUGAAGACAUUUUUAUUCCUAUUGUCUAACCAACUAGCUCAUAUGUUCUCGACAAAGAUAUUAGAUGCUUUAAUUUUAUAUCUUUGGUAGUUAUGAACUUCAAAAGAAAGAAAAGAAACCUCAUUAUAAAUGUAGCUCUCUAAAGUUACUUUAUAAAAUCUCUCUUUUUAA